UCAUUCGGCCACGGACGGUUCCAGGAGAGAGGGGCAGCCAAGAAACACACACAAGGAUCGGCUGGCUCUGUAGGAAGGACAGCAAGCAAAAAAAAAAAAAAAAAAACACGACUCAAACGGGCAAUGAAACCAAUCGAAUAAGGCUUAAAGUGAACACCGCUCAGCUGCCACGUUAACAAAGCUAUUCGAUGAUCGAGUCCAGAUCAGAGGCAGCAGAUAGAGAGCUGUGUCAUUGAGAGGCAGGACACGUCAGGAGAAGGGAGAGAGAGAAAAAAAAAAAAGCUGACCGACUGCACUGUACGAGUCAGCUAUUAAAUCGCCUUUGAAAAGCUUCGCCUGCCGCACUCAUCGCUUCAAGGACAUCCUCUCGUUGUCAGCCUGAAGCAAAGGAGCUCAACAAAAAGGCAUCGCCGAGGUCGAAAGGGGUGAUCAGAAGUCGGACCAAAGAGAUCGCAGAAUAGCAUUUGUUCUGGGGGAGAGAACAAAUGGGGGAUUACGGGUUCGGAGUCCUAGUUCAAAACAACACUGGCAACAAGUCUGCUUUCCCGGUCCGAAUUCACCCGCAUUUGCAGCCCCAGCACCACCACCAGAAUGUGUCUCAGAGCCCAGCUGCUUUCAUAAACAGCACCACAGCCACGGGGAAUGGCAGCACGGGGGGCUCUCCCUGGCUCUUCCCUGCCUCGGCCACCCACAACAGUGUGCAAGAUGAAAUCCUGGGGGGGGCGGAGAAGCCCAAAGCACAGCAGCAACAGGAAAUGCAAGAAACUCAAGAAAAACAGCAGCAGUUGUCUCCUGGUAGUCACCAGGAGACUGGAAGCGGUGGUGGGAUAAUUUCAGAACUGGAAAAAUCCCGAUCAGAGGAAGCCAAGACGGAGAAUGGCACGUCAGAGGGCAGCAAUGGAAAGGAGAAGCAGCUUCGUCUUGAGUCACCUGUCCUGACUGGAUUUGAUUAUCAGGAGACAUCUGGUCUAGGUGGAACGGGCCCGGUACAGUCGAGCACAACCUCGUCAUCACUUACUGGCUUCAACAACUGGUCGGCUGCCAUCCCGCCUGCACCGUCAACAAUCAUCAAUGAAGACGUCAGCUUUUUCAACCCGGCCUCCGCCAGCAACGGGCCUCUGCUGUUCCAGAACUUCUCACAUCAUGUCAGUCCGGGCUUCGGUGGGAAUUUCUCUCCCCAGAUUGGACCGGCUCCGGCCUUGUCCCAGCACCACCCGGCCCCUCCGCCUCACCCUCACUUCCAACACCCCCACAACCAACACCAGCAGCAUCGACGCUCCCCAGCCUCCCCCCACCCGCCACCGCCCUUCCCGCACAGGAAUCCAGCUUUCAGCCAGUUGCCGCAUUUGUCCAACAGCUUGAACAAGCCCCCAUCCCCCUGGGGUCCGGCCAGCUACCAAAGCCCCUCUCCUUCCCCCGGCUCGUCCACCUCCUGGAGUCCCGGAGGAGGCUACGGAAGUGGAGGCGGUGGCUGGGGAGGAUCCCAGGGCAGAGAUUAUCGUCGGGGGCUUAAUGGAGGGAUGACUCCCAUCAAUUCCAUCUCUCCACUGAAGAAGACCUUUCCCAACAACCACGUGGCGUCGCAGAAGUACCCCAGAAACAGUCCUGCUGGCUUCAACCCAAAGUCGUGGAUGGAUGAUGGAGUAGGUCGAGAUAACAUUUUCCCUUUUCAGGAACGAACCAGGUCAUUUGACAGCUUCAACAUGAACACUCUGGAAAACUCCCUGAUCGACAUCAUGAGAGCUGAGCAAGACACCCUGAAAGGUCGUCUGGGAUUCCCUCACCCCGUUGGGGACAACCCUCUGCCCCUUAACGCCAGGAAUUAUAGCAGGAGACGAGGCCACUCUUCUCUCUUUCCAAUGGAGGACAGUUUCCCUGACGACGAGAGAGCUGAUCAGGGUCUCGCGGGCCUUGGCUCCCCACACUGCUUCCCACAUCAGAACGGAGAGCGCGUGGAACGCUACUCGCGCAAGGUCUUUGUCGGCGGACUGCCUCCAGACAUAGACGAAGAUGAGAUAACUGCCAGUUUCCGGCGUUUUGGACACUUGUUUGUGGACUGGCCUCACAAAGCAGAGAGCAAGUCCUAUUUUCCUCCUAAAGGCUACGCCUUCCUGCUGUUCCAGGACGAAAGCUCAGUGCAGGCCCUGAUCGACGCCUGCAUCGAAGAGGACGGCAAGCUGUACCUCUGCGUUUCCAGUCCCACCAUUAAAGACAAGCCGGUCCAGAUUCGCCCAUGGAACCUGAACGACAGCGAUUUCGUGAUGGACGGAUCUCAACCUCUGGACCCUAGAAAAACCAUCUUUGUGGGAGGAGUUCCUCGUCCGCUCCGUGCAGUGGAACUGGCCAUGAUCAUGGACCGCCUGUACGGCGGAGUUUGCUACGCAGGCAUCGACACGGACCCAGAGCUGAAGUACCCCAAGGGAGCGGGGCGGGUCGCCUUCUCUAAUCAGCAGAGCUACAUUGCUGCUAUCAGUGCUCGCUUUGUACAGCUGCAGCACGGAGAAAUCGAUAAACGGGUGGAGGUGAAGCCAUACGUGCUCGACGACCAGCUGUGCGAUGAGUGCCAGGGGACCCGCUGCGGCGGCAAGUUUGCGCCGUUCUUCUGCGCCAACGUCACCUGUCUGCAGUACUACUGCGAAUACUGCUGGGCCGCCAUCCACUCCCGCGCCGGCCGCGAGUUCCACAAGCCUCUGGUAAAGGAAGGAGGCGACCGGCCUCGCCACAUCUCCUUCCGCUGGAACUGAGCACCGGAGAGGCGACAGAGAGGCGGGAGAAGGAGAGGUAGUGCAGGAGUCGCAAAUCAUUGUACAAAUAAAUGCACUUUUCUGUU